CAAUUUGGUCACAUAAACAUGAGGAUACCGUCACCUUAGGGCGCACCGCAGCAAACUUCUUGUAACUUUUUUUUACGCGAUAUACACCCACGAGAGUCAAGCUUUUAUUUACCACCGGUGCCAGUCGGACCUGUAUGGCCCCAUCCAUCGCCAUGUCAGCUUUGACCGCUGGUUUGAAAACCGAAGACCUUCCUCCCCGCUCGGCUCUCGUCGGCAGAGGCGAGAUGCAGACCAGCCUGAGUCCCGCAGAGGAGACCGGAAAGCCCAAAGUCGCUAUCCUGCCCUUCAGCGUCGAGGCGCUGAUGGCUGAUAGGAAACCCAGCCGAGUAGAGGUGUCGUCCCCGGACGCGCAGUCCGUGGCCGGGACGUCCCAAGCGCUGGGGAAGAGCGCGCGGAUGGGCUCUUUUGGUACUCUGGAUAGUUCAGUUCCUGCUUUACCCAUGAGCUCUUCGUUCUCAGUGGGCGAGAUCAUGAACAUGCCAGAAGACGUGCUGAUCAAACCCGAGAGCCCGGACAGUAAAGACAGGACUACGUGGAUUCAGAGUCCUCGUUUUUCCCCUACACCUCCACGAAGGUUGAGUCCUCCUGCCUGCCCUCUGCGAAAACACAAGACGAACAGAAAGCCCCGGACCCCCUUCACCACGUCCCAGCUGCUGGCCCUGGAGAGGAAGUUCCGCCAGAAGCAGUACCUCUCCAUCGCCGAGCGCGCGGAGUUCUCCAGUUCCCUCAACUUGACGGAGACCCAGGUCAAAAUCUGGUUUCAGAACAGGAGGGCCAAAGCCAAGCGGCUGCAGGAGGCAGAACUCGAAAAACUGAAAAUGGCAGCUAAGCCCAUGCUGCCUCCGGCUUUCGGGAUUUCCUUUCCUCUCGGCGCGCACGUCCCGGCGUCCUACGCUGGGUCGCACCCGUUCCAGAGGCACUCGCUGCCGGUUUCCCCCGUGGGACUGUACGCCGCUCACGUCGGAUACAGUAUGUACCACCUCGCUUGACGAGGGACGGCAGGACGAGGGGUUAAGACUUUAAUUUCUGACACCACCCCCCCCCCCCCCCCCCUCCCCCCCAAGCGCGAGGUGGAAGAUAGAGGGGGGGAAGUUGGGACAGGUGAGCUGACACCGUAGUAAAUACAGAGGCAUCCCGGCGGUGAGCUCGGUGUCACGUCCUGUCAGGGGUCCAGGACCUCCUAAUAGACCUCCCCUCCCUUCUGAGGACCUUGAAGUUUAUCCACUUCUCUUGACCUCGCCAGUAAGUUCACACACUGCAAAAAUAAUCCAGCUUCAUCGGUCAUUUAAUCUUGAGUCUUAAAUCUUAUUUUUUGACUUUGAAAUAACAUUAUUAAUAAUAACAACAAUCAUGAAGGUAUUGAUACUAGAAAUCUUAGAAAUAAGACGAGAGUGAGACUAAAUGACUUCAAGGUGGAUAUUUUUGCGGUGCAGAGGUGGAAAACAACUCAGUGUCUGUAGGGCCUAUGAUGUAUGAUCACACACGGACAGUCAAGUAUGGACAGCAGGCUGUGUGCCACGGUGUGUCAGAGAUAGCCCACUCUUUGCUGGCCAGGUAAAAGGGCUAUUUUACCAGACUAUUGCGCAGCUUGACAUUUUUGCACCAACAAACUAUAGGUUGGGGCUUUCAUCGCAUUUAUGGGCUGUGGGCUGUCACACUGUAAAAAAAAUAAAUAAAAAAAAUAAAUAAAUAAAUAAAAAAAGAGAGAGAGAGAGAGAGAGGAAACAAACACCCCCACCCCCCACACUUUCUGAUUUUUUUUGCAUUCAUAUCAAUGCGUAACUAUAGUGGGUUACUGAAUCCAGUGUCAAUGAAUGCUCUUUGUGAAUUUGGAGAACCACAGCAUUUGUUUUAAUGACAGCACUGUCUGUUGUUGGAAUGAUUCCCUUCGGAAGGGAUAUGUGUACUGUAAAAUAAUGUAUAUUUGAAGAAUAUCCUCAUUUAUAUUAUGAAUAUAUUUGUGACAUAACUUAACAAUAAAUUGUUUAUUCUUUUUCAUGAA